CUGGCGCGUACGAUUCAAGAUGGCGUUGGCCGGUGUUGCCGGGCUGGCGGCGAACGUGUUCCCCUUCCGAGAUGCCCGCGCCGCGCCGGAUCCAGUGCUGGAGUCCGGCCCAGGGACACAUGGGCCGCUGCCAGUGCCGCUGGUGUUGGACAACGGGUCGUUCCAGGCCCGGGCUGGCUGGGCGUGCCCCGGGCCGGCCCCGGGCCCCGAGCCGCGCCUGCAGUUCCGCGCUGUGUGCGCCCGCGGGCGUGGCGGGGCCCGGGGCGGGGCUGGCCCGCAGGUGGGCAACGCUCUGGGAAGCCUGGAGCCGCUGCGCUGGAUGCUGCGCUCGCCCUUCGACCGCAACGUGCCGGUCAACCUGGAGCUGCAGGAGCUGCUGCUUGACUAUAGCUUCCAGCACCUGGGUGUCUCCUCACAGGGCUGUGUUGAUCAUCCCAUAGUUCUGACGGAAGCUGUGUGCAACCCACUGUAUUCACGCCAGAUGAUGUCUGAGCUUCUGUUUGAAUGCUACAGGAUCCCUAAAGUUGCCUAUGGGAUAGACAGCCUCUUCAGCUUCUACCACAAUAGGCUAAAGAACACAAUUUCCAGUGGGCUUAUCAUUUCAUCUGGAUACCAGUGUACACAUAUUUUACCCGUCUUAGAAGGGAGGUUAGAUGCCAAAAACUGCAAACGCAUCAAUCUUGGAGGAAGCCAAGCAGCUGGCUACCUCCAGCGUCUCCUGCAGCUUAAGUAUCCCGGGCAUCUAGCAGCUAUCACUCUCAGCCGCAUGGAGGAGAUCCUGCACGAGCACAGCUACAUUGCUGAGGAUUAUGUGGAAGAAUUACAGAAAUGGCGGUGCCCUGAUUAUUAUGAAAGUAACGUCCACAAGAUGCAGCUUCCAUUCUCCAGCAAGCUCCUUGGCAGCACUCUGACCUCCGAAGAGAGACAGGAAAGGCGACAACAGCAACUGCGGCGGCUGCAGGAGCUCAAUGCCCGCCGGCGGGAGGAGAGACUGCAGCUCGAUCAGGAGAGGCUGGACAGACUGCUCUAUGUGCAGGAGCUUCUAGAGGAUGGCCAGAUGGAUCAGUUUCACAAAGCUCUGAUAGAGCUGAACAUGGACUCCCCAGAAGAGCUGCAGUCCUACAUACAAAAGCUCAGUUUGGCCGUGGAGCAAGCUAAGCAGAAAAUCCUUCAAGCAGAAGUCAACCUUGAGGUGGAUGUGGUGGACAGCAAGCCGGAGACUCCUGACCUGGAGCAUCUCGAGCCAUCACUGGAAGACGUGGAAAACAUCAAUGAUUUUGAGCCCUUGUUUUCAGAGGAGACGCCUGAGGUGGAAAAGCCAGUCACCACUGUCCAGCCCGUGUUUAACUUGGCAGCGUAUCACCAGCUCUUUGUUGGGACAGAAAGAAUUCGAGCUCCAGAAAUUAUCUUCCAGCCAUCGCUUAUAGGGGACGAACAGGCUGGGAUAGCAGAGACCCUUCAGUACAUUCUGGACAGGUACCCAAAGGACCUUCAGGAGAUGCUGGUUCAGAAUGUUUUCCUCACUGGUGGCAACAUGAUGUAUCCUGGGAUGAAAGCUAGAAUUGAGAAGGAGCUGUUGGAGAUGAGGCCCUUUCAGUCUGCUUUUCAGGUUCAGCUUGCCUCCAACCCCGUGCUGGAUGCCUGGUACGGUGCUCGUGACUGGGCCUUGGACCACCUGGACGACAGCGAGGUCUGGAUCACCAGGAAGGAGUAUGAAGAGAAGGGAGGCGAGUACUUCAAGGAGCACUGUGCCUCCAACAUCUACGUCCCCAUCCGCCUGCCAAAGCAGGCUGCCCGCUGCUCAGAACCCCAGGCGCCCAGCAAAGGCUCGGCGGCCGGUGCAAGUGGUGCCAGUGAGCAGGUGUAGCAGAGGGGCCCUCCUGGACCUGGGCCACGUCAGGCAGUGUGACAGGGCAGGCUGUGACCACCCUGAGACUCCACACUGGGCUGUGAGGUGGAUUUCUCCUGGGGAGAACAGUUAAGGGACACUUAGGCAUUACCCUGUAAACCUGUGACCACUGGGGGCUUCUGCCCUGAAGAAACCGGAAGUGACAUUCUCUCGGACUGUGGCAUCUGCUUCCUACGGCAGUAACCGAAGGCAGGGUGGAGGGCAGAGGGGUACAAAAUGUAUUGGUUCUUACUGCGUUUGAAAGCCUUUUAAAAAAUUAUUUAAAACAUAUUGUCAGUGUAGAUAUUCUUUUUUCUAAAUUUAUUCAGAAAUUUUGUGAAUGCCCAGCAGGUGGAGGUCUUUCACGCAUAAAAAAAGGUGUUUAUGUAACAAAAGCAAUCACGAAAUCUCAGGAGCUGGAAAUUUUCUCUCCCUAUUACUUCCUCUUAUAAAUAUGGAAAAAGGGUCCAAAAAGGGUGACCAAAUUGGACAAAGUUACUCUGUUAGGGACCUGCUUGGUGCCCACUUCUGAACAGGCAGAAAUGAGGCCUUGGCCCAGCUUUGGUUCAUACUUUCUUUGCUGGAAAUGUUUCCACCUAUGAGGCCUACGUACAGAUUUUUUUAUUUCUACCUUUGCAAGUUUGUUGGCUGCUUCACUUUUCCAGGCCUUUCUGAAGGAAGAAAAUAGACUGGAGGUUAAUCUGAACCGAGGUUCAGAUUAACGACUGAAUCCGUGAACAGAGAGAAUUUUCCAUAGUCUGCGUCCCUGUAUCUUUGCAGCUUCAUUUUAAAUGGACAUAUGAGACCUCUCUUUUUCAAAAAUUGCUUGUGAGAAUUUUUUCUCUCAAACCCCCAGUGAUUGAGACCAGAAGCCCCUGAUAUGCUGUGUCCCAUCACAGAAUCCAUACAUUCAAAUCCCAUGUAGCUUCUAGCCCAUUCCUCUGAUGAGGCCACCUCAGAACCUGUUUGCUUAUAGCUUGCCACGGAUGCUUACCUGGAUUUCUAGCUUGCAAGGGUUACAAACUGAAGGCCAUGAGGGGGCAGUGGUAGUGCUGGAGAAGGUAGAAACCUCAAGCCAACCCAAGGUCUCCCACAGGAUUGCAGUGAGUCCUUGGCUGCCCAUGGCUGAGCCCAAGGACUGGUGACAGGGUGAUAAGUAUGAGCUACAAAGAAAGGACAGAUGCAAGAAAGGAGGCAGGACUGGCAUCCAUGGAAGAGAUGUUUGCUUGUCAUGUUUCCAGGAAAAGGAACCAUGCUAACUGAGGCCUGGGGAUCUUUCACCCAUGGUCACCAGUUUUAACAAUUUGAACAACAGCAGUGAGGUCAGUACUGCUGUGGAGGUCAAGCCCCAAAGGAGAAAAGGAGAAGGACCCUGGUGGGCAGGUAAGCUGUAAUAUAUCACAUUCAAAGCUGGACCUAUCAGGGUUCCUAUAGACUGGAGCCCGGGAGAGGGUAUGGGACUACGAUAAGUGGGGGCCAGGCAGGGGCUGAGCUUAGGCUCUCAUUUCAUCUCUAUGUCCGCACAUUAAGUAUGCCAUGGCCUUUCAUGGCUGCCUGAGCACGUGCGGCUCUCAUGCUUCCCCAGUAAACUAGGCAGGAAUUGGGUCCCGGUGGGUUCCCUGGGCCUUGUACAGACCAGCAGAGUACGCACUGCAACGCCUUGGGUCUGCACUCUGCACCAGGAUGCACUCUUCUGAACUGUAAAGUGCUCCCCAAGAGCAGGAAGUGUUUCAUUUGGCUUGAAGUAUCUAUAGCCCAGUGCUGGACUGGGAAGGAACAGAGGGCUCACAGGAUUUUUAAUGAAUAACCAACUAGGUAGAUAAAUGAACGACUGAAUCUGUGAACAAAGAGAAUUUGAGAAUAGCUUGUCCACUCUGUUUAGAACAAGUCAGGAGUCUAUACUAAGGACUUCUGAGCCAGUGACCCCUACCCACUGAGCCAUCUUAACGUUCCCCCUUCACCCUGCCAAGAUUGUUCCUGCAGAGAAGGUGGAUAGGAAUGUAGCUGAGUGUUCCAGGGGCAGCUGUGAAGGAAUGUGGACUCCUGUAACCCAGCUUAGGGCGCUUGUCUGUGGGGUCGUAGCAGCAGAGAGCCCAGGGGAGUAGUCUGUCCUGUAGGUCUCCAGAACGACUCAGCUCUGGGUGGUGAGGGCAGCUCUGAUGGGUGAGUGGCUGUGUAGAGUGAUCAGGGCCCCUCUCUGGCCAAGGUGAUGGCAGGGGCUGCUGUCUACUUCUGCCUCUGCUUCCUGCUGGCAUCUCCUGAAAUAAAGUUUUACCUAAGGAACAAACAAGGUAAAAAUGUUAGAAAGUAGAAGAGUGACAUAACUGUUAAGUCAGACAAGGCUAAACCAAGAACUGGAGAAACCAAAUUCGUACAGAAACAAUAUAUGGAGAUUCUUUUGUCCCUGUGUAAGGGGUUAAGUGAAUAAAGGGAGUUUAUUGUUGUAAAAGUUUAGGAUUAAAGAAUUACAAGAAAAUUAGAAAAUGAGAGAAUGCCAGAGGAUUUGAAGGCGCAAGCAGAGGGACUGGCUGCUUUCUAAGUACAUUUUGCUUUCCUCCUGGGCGCAUAGGUGGACUGCGGUUCCCAGCCAUCCUUGCAGUUGUACAUGUGGCCAUUUGAGUUCUCGCCAGUGGAAUAAGAGUAGAAAAGGUCUGCACCAUUUCCACCGCUGGCUUCUACAAACCUCCCAUUAGAGCCCCCCUCUUUCCUCUUUCCCUGACCACUGGCUGGAUGGAGAGCAGUAUGAGGCCCAGGAGGAGCCACACAUGGAAGGAGCCAAGUCCCUAAAUGACUGCGUGGAACUGCAUCAGAAAUAAUAAACUCUAACUAUUAAGCGGCUGUGCUCUUUGGCCUUACUGGUUACAGCAGUUGGCAAUAGUCCAACUAAAACUACAUUAUAAAUGAAAACUUGAUUAGCUUCAUGUUAGUCAAGGAGAUUUGUUAAGGAGGAAGAAUUUUAAAUAAUAUGAAAUGAGAAUAAUGUGAUAGUAUCCCCUUAUUUAGGAAGUGGGGAUGAUAAUUCCUUUUAUCCUAAAGAAGGAUUAAAUGAGAUAAUAAACCACCUAGGAAUGUCAGCAAAUAUGGCAGAGACCAAGGUGAUCUAGAAGUACCCCCUACUGCCUGCUGCAGAGUUAAGCAAAAAGUUGGAUAAAGUAUAACUAAACAAAACAUAAUAUUAAACCUGAAAGAGAAAACUAUGGAUAUCAUAGAAAAUCAUAGAAAUCAGAAAUGAAUGAAUACAAAAAGUCAGAGCCAGAGUGUUAACCAUAAGUAAGCCCUGAAGCAGUCUUAAGAGAGAAGCCCUAAGAGUAGACAAGAGACUGUGGGUUUGAAUGCCCAAGUUGGGACCACAGAUGUAGCCCCAGUCACUCAAAAUCAGGAAACUGGAAUAAACUCCUGGAAUAGAUCAUGCUAACAAUGGUAACUCAAGAAGACUAGCAAUAGUGUGUAUAGAUCCAAACACUGAAGGAGAGAAAGCCAAACUAGGAGUAGAAGGGAACUGGGAGCUGGGAGAGGGGGAAGGUAGCCUAAUUAAUAAGUACAAGACAAAGUAUAAAUGAACUCAACUAUGUUAAUCAUCAUCAUGUAAACAGAUUAAAACUGGCCUGUCUAAAGCAAAUAGAUUAGAUUUUUAUAAAAAUAGCUGCAUGCUAUCUGCAAAAGAUGUGUUGAAAACAUGAUACAAAGAUAGAGUGGGUAAAGAGAUAGAAUAUAAACCAGGCAAAUGAAUACCACCUUACCUGCAAUAGCAAUAGUAACAUCAGGCAAGUGGUCUAGAGUAUAAAGUAGCAAAGUAGCAUUAAUGGGAAAUGUGGAAACCCACCCAAACCCUCUUUGUCCCACUCCUUAUCCAUGUCCUCCUGCGAAUAGUUAAGAGUAAAGCUGACAAACUCAAAUGUGAGUAUUAAUAAAAUAAAACAGCAUCCUUUUGGACAUACUGUAAGAAAAGAACAAACCCAGAACACUCGAAUUCAAACUUUUUAGCAGAUGAAACAUAUCCCAAAACAAACAAACCCAGUAAAGCCAGUACAGGUGGAAGAAAACUACUGGAAUGUUCCAGGAUGAAUUAGAAAUAAUUAGACAAGCAAAUGCGGAUGUAGGAUUCCACAAAACAAAUGAAAAACAUGACCAAACAACAGUCUUUACAGACGGGACACUCCCAGUGUUCCUUAAACUUCUUUGGAGCAUAGAAAACAGAAAUCAUCCAUUAUUUUGUAUGAUAUUAUCAAAAUCUGAUAGAAUGCAAACACAUGGAAAGAAAACCAGUCUCAAAAAUAUCAAUGAAGUAGUAAACACAAGUAAACUGUUGACAGAAUCCACUAUCACAUUAAAAAUAAUACAUGGGGACCAAAUGCGUUUGUCAGUAAUGCAAGUGUAUCUGUCAAAUAACAAGAAUCUCAGAUGUGUUACCCAAUGUUUACUUAUUACGGGACGUGUCCAAUGACCGUCGUGUGUGUAGGCUGAGGGAAUGGUGUUCCACAUAAUCAUUGCACAGCAUCUUCGGAUCUUAGGCCAUCUCACCACAAAGCGAGGAGAGAGCACCAAGAGUCAAGUCCUGGCUCUGAAAUGCUUCCAUCCAGAAGUGACACGUAUCACGCCUACUCAGAUUUUGUUGGCCAAAGAGAAUCAUGUAGGCAUUGUAAUUUCUUAGUAUUCCAUUUUACGUCCUCUGUCUAGGUAUGCCUCUAUGUAUUAUUUUUUUGGUGGUUGCUCUAGGGAUUACAAUAUGCAUCCUUAAUGUAUUACAGUCUGUUGUGAGUGAGUUCUGCAACUACAUACAAUGUAAGAAUGCUAGCACACGUGACUUCAUUUCCUACUUUGGGGAUUUGCCGUUGAUGUCCUGUAUUUCACUAUUAGGUGAAGAUCCUGUAAUGCAUUGUUUGUAUUUUUUUGUUUAGCCAGUAGUCUUUUGGAGAAAUCUAAAGGAUGGUCUUUUACGUUUGCCUGUGUGUUGACUUUUUCUGGUACAGGAGAGUUGGGGUGGGAGGACGACAUUUCCGUGACGCCAGUCUUAGCUUGUACCUUCUACUCAGACAUGCUUAACCCUUGGGAGGGACUUCCCCUUCUGGCACGUGCCCAGCCUUGUGGAAAUGUUCCAGAGACAGUGCAGUGGGAUUCUGCUGGCAGCCAGUCCUCAACCUGGACAAGAACUGACAGAUGAAUUCAGCUGCUUGGCAUUUGGCAUCCUGUGUAACGUUUGAUAAACACCUGGCAGGAGUGGGCUGUAUCUUAGCCUGCCAGUCCUUUCCCAGGCUGGGCAACCAUUUGGGGACUGCCUAGGAGUCAGGUUGAUAGGCAUUCCCCAACUGGACAAGUCCUGGUGAUUCUGUAGCUUUAGUUGCGGGGGAAUGAGCUUACCUGCUGAUCAUUCCCCAGCUUGGGACACUUGAGGAGCAGCAGUAAUUGCAUUGUCAUCAUAGUGUUGUUAAAUGUGUAAGGCUUUAUAACUGGACCGGCAACAUCCAUGCCUGAUCACUAUUCACAGUAAUGGGCAUUCCAACGGCACGAACCAAGUAAGUCCUUGUGUCGACAGUGGUUCUGUCAGCCUUUGUCAUAGGCAUUGUUUGAGCCAUUGUGAGAGGGUACGUGCAAAUGCUGAGGUAUACAAAUAGGAAGCUGAAUAAAAUGACCAGAAUAUUUGCAAAGGCCCUGGGGAGGGGGCAGGGAGGAGGAUGGUCUUUUUCUUGGCAGCUUUUCCCACAUUUUGGGUCUGCUGAUAGGAAAGCUCUUAAAAGACUAUUGAGAUGCACUAGGAAAUUUGGGACCUACCAGUUACACCCAGUUAAUCCUGCAUCCCCUCCGUGUGUGCCAAGCCCUGGAUUCUGGGGACUGGGUGAGCGAACAGGUCUUUUGGUGCCACUUAGCAGCUCUCUGGAAGUCACCAAAGAUGACAUGGACGCAGAUCUCCUAAAGGUUCUUUUCUGAAUUCAGAGCUGAUUUCGGAGAAGGACCAAAUUUAAGAGAGCUUCCAGAGGAGCCUGGGUGGGUGAAGAAGGUAAGAGCUUAGGUGUGGCUGGGGACUGGGCAGCACCUGGGCUCGCUCCUGUGACCUCUGCAAGCAGCGUCUUAGACUUCCCAGUGCCCCUUUCUUUCCCAUAGUUUGAGUUUGAGUUCUCAGGCCUGCUCUUUUUCCUGUUGUCUAAUGGGAUUCCAGGGCUUGACCUUGAGAAUGGAGAUCUUCCUCAUAGACAAUUUCUAGUGAUGAGAAUCUCAGGAUGUGUUCUUACAAGAAUUGUUUUUACUCUGAAUCUGGUCAAGCUUCCAAUUUAACUUCCAGUUUACUGAAAAUACUAGGGGCAGAGAAACAUUGUAUGAAGUAGGGUUCCAACAGGAAGCAGAUGGUGAACUCAGAUUAAGAAAAGUAGAAGAGGGUUUAUUGGCGAAGGUGAAAAGGACUGCAGGGUCUUGGGAUGAGCGGCAGAGAAGCCUUGACCAGCGGAAGGGGAAAAUUACCACAGCAUAGAAAGGGAGGUAGUGGUGUAGAGCAGCUGGCUUGAGAGGGGAAGUCACCUUCAGUCAAGAAGCACAGCCAACCAAAUGUGGCCUCGCAGGGAGGGAGUCAGGGAAAUAAACACUGUGACCUCAUUCUCCCUCCCUCCCAUUCUUACCAGGGCUCCCUAUUGGCCAAACCAGACUGAAGCCAGAGAGCAAAUGAGCCUGCUGAUAUAGCCCACAUAGGUCAGCCUUCUGGGGCAAAGACCAGGGUGGAGAAGGAUGGAAGGGGGCCUGAAUGGGGCAAGUGAGUAAAAUCUGUUACAAACAUGAUAAUACCAUGGGAAUGCAAUGAACAAAAUGCAGAAUGCAGAAAACUCUUCAGGACAAACCACCUUUAUUUUUCCUCCAUCAAAUAAAUUGCAAAGGAAAAAGAGAGGCAGGGUAGACAAACCUAUAAAUUAACUUUUUCCCUCCUAACAAAUAAAUUGCAAAGGAGAUAAAAAGAAGGGGAUCCUGUAAAUUAAAUAACAUUUGAAACAUAACACAAAUAUGAAGUGGACCUUGUUUGGAUCUUCAUUCUAGUAAAUCAGCUGUUAAACUUACAAAAAAAUCUGGGAAAUUUUAAUGCACUCUGGAUAUUUGAUGAAAAGAAUUAUUAAUUGUUUAUUCUUAGAUGUGAGAAAGCAUGUGUGCACCAAAGAGAGAAUGCUUCUAGAGUUACAUACUGAAGUAUUUGCGGAUGAAAUGAUAUGUCUGGGAUUUG